AAUCUUACUAAAGUAAAGUAACUAGUAACUCAAGCCUUCAGAUAAAUGUAUUGAAGUAAAAAGUAGAGUGGCAUUAAAAGGAAAUACUCAAGUAAAGUACAUACCUCUAAUUUGUACUUAAGUACAGUACUUGAGUAAAUGUACUUGGUUACUGUCCACCACUGAGGUACUGUCAACACUUAAGUAUCAAAACUAAAAGUACUUGCUAUAUUACAUCAUUAUAUAUCAUUGGGUUGUUAUUAGUGAUGCAUUAACAUGUAAGCAGCUAUUUAAUGUUAAAUGCAAAUUUUUUAUACUGUUGGUAGUUUCCCUGUUGGUAGUUUAAUCUGGUGUUUUCAUCAGUAAUUCUGUAACUAGGAAUGUUUAAAACAGUAAAUUCUAUGGAGUAAAAAGUACAGUAUUCCCUUCUGAAAUGUAGUGGAGUAGAAAGUGAGGUAAAAUCACAAGUAGAAGAGGUCUAAUCAGGCAAUAAGUUAAAGCACCUGUGUGGGUGGACUGCAGAUCUGUGGGGCCUUUAAGUACAGUACCAACACAUUUACUAGCACUCAUAGGGUCCCCUUAAAGCCCCAGGUCCACAGUGUGUGUACUUAAUUGUAAUUAUUCUUUAGUAAUGUAGGAAUAUCCAUUACUGAAGGACACCUGACUCAGUUUUAAGUAAUCUCAGGCGUUAAAUCUAAUUGGCUCUAUGUCAUUAUCAUUACUAUAAUGCUUAUGUUACCAUUCAGCUGCAAAGGACAGGAAAAUAAGUAGGAACUAAGUGUUGAGGAAGUGCAAUAUGCCCACUUCCCAUGUUGUCAACUAUUUAGACAGUCUCAUGCAAGGAAUUAUGAGAUCAUUCACAAGCUGUCAAGCUACAGACAUGGACCAGUUGUUUGUUUGGAUUUCUCUCCUGCUCACAUACAUGCCAGUAACAGAGGGCAUGGAACGAGCCGAGAGCAGCGAGGUGAUCUUGCGGAAAACAGGACAAAACGCUGUUCUCCCAUGUACGGCUAGUACACGGUGUUCGCCCGAAGAUGUGAAUUAUGAGUGGUUUUCUUUCAAACAACACUCCCAUGUUCGUCUAAACCUGACUGAUAUUCAACACAAGUACAGCCUGGAUGGAUCAUCGUUGCACAUUAAGUCACUACAUACUAAUGACAGCGCGAUCUACUACUGUGCUGCGUCGUGUGGAGGACAAGCGCCCGGCAGAGAGCAUGUAGGGUCGGGUACAAUUCUCAGAGUGAGGGAACACGUUAAAAUAAUGGUGAGGCGCAUUCUUCUGUGGUUAUCAUUUGUCCUCUUGGCCAUCUACAGCUCGGUAUUAGUGACGCUUCUUCUAAAGAAGUAUGGCUGCAAGACUGUCUGCAGGAGGAAGCGCAAAACUGUCAAGAAUAACUCAACAAAAAAAACACAAUUCCGUGAUGUGUUGCAAGAACUGUACAGCAGAAGGAACUUGGAGAGAAGCAAACAAACUGCGAACAGAAAGCGAUCUCAAGCUGAGGCUCCUAGCACUGAGUUCAACAGCCAAACUGAUGACGUCUAUCAAAAUGUCUAAGUCCUUACUUCAAGGACAUUAAAUGGCAGAUUCAUACCUCCAUCCUGACUGGGAGGAAAUUCCAAAGCGCUGAAACACCUGCUGGACGGUGCAGUUAUGUGACAGAGGAAAUGAGCAGCCCUAACCAAGCUGCAUGUUGCAGCACAACAAAAGGUCCUGAGUCACUGUUCCUUUUCUUUCAGUUUCAGCAGCAGUAGAGAGACUCUCCUGUGACAUUUGACGUUAAUCUAAACGUUCUGUUGAUUGGAGCAACUUUUUUAUUCUUCAGUGUUCAGAAAUGUAGCCGAGUCACAUGGUCUUCAAUUUCAUUUCCUCCA